CCGCUGGGUACGCCCCGCCCCCGAGGGGGUCAGGGGUCGCCGGGUGGAGGGAGACCAGCUACGCGUCGCGGGUACAGCGGCUCCUGGGCCCAUGGCGCCGGCGCAGCGAUGCCCGCUGUGCCGCCAGACCUUCUUCUGUGGUCGCGGACACGUCUACAGUCGCAAGCACCAGCGGCAGCUGAAGGCGGCUUUGGAGCGGCUCCUGCCCCAGGUGGAGGCCGCCCGCAAGGCCAUCCGCGCCGCUCAGGUGGAGCGUUACGUGCCGGAGCACGAGCGGCGCUGCUGGUGCCUGUGCUGCGGCUGCGAGGUGCGGAAACACCUGAGCCACGGAAACCUGACCGUGCUGCACGGGGGGCUGCUGGAGCAUCUGGCCAGCCCAGAGCACAAGAAAGCAACCAACAGAUUCUGGUGGGAGAACAAGGCAGAGUUCCAAUUGAAAGAGAAGUUUCUGAUCUCCCCCCAGGACUAUGCACGAUUCAAGAAAUCCAUGGUGAAAGGUUUGGAUACCUAUGAGGAAAAAGAGGAUGAGGUGAUCAAAGAGAUGGCAGCUCAGAUUCGAGAGGUGGAACACAGCCGGCAGGAGCUGGUUCAGUCUGUCUUAGAGCCUCAGGCAGUGCCAGACCCAGAAGAAGGCUCUUCAGCACUGGGAAGCUGGAAAGGGACCAACAGUCUAGUGGCCUCCACCUCACUGCAGCCCUCCUACUUGGACCUGCCACCCACCCCAGAGCUUGAUUGGAUGGAGACAGGACAACCUUUGACAUUCAUUGGCCAUCAGAUUUCCAGAACUGUAGAGUUAUUGUCUCCUCUUUCAUCUCUUACAUCCUCUGUGAGUAGACCUAGUUUACUUGCUGGCUGUAAGAUGGCCUCUGUUACGUUUUGGAUGUUUCUGUUCCCCCUGCAUUCCUGUCCUAAACAGAAAGCCACUGCCUCACCUGCUGUCUUGUACACGUGCAUCUUCUGAUUUUUUGCAUGUGUCAUUGCUAUGGCAUUAAAUAUUAUGUCUACCUUCCUUCAGCCUGCCUCAAAGAUCACCUUUUCAUGGAAGGCUUAUGUGAACAGGUCGCCUGUUACAAAUGUAUGUGGGACCACGUAAAAAAACUGUCAAUGUAAUCUGUGUUAAUUUCUGCUUAAGUCUCUUCCCCCUUGGUACAUACUGCCCUGUGUAGAAAGGGUUUUGCUUAUGAUGCAACUAGUAGGCACUCAGUAUUUUAAGAUUUAAUGCCAACCAGGGCAUAGAACUAGCACUGUGGUACUUCUAUACCCCCUCCUGUGGCUUGCCCUUUUUCUAGCUAGGAAUAUCCCAUCCUGCCCUCAGUUUCUUAUCUGGGAUUUUCCUCCCCAUUUCCGA